AGAUCUCUAUCUAGAUCCCAGUCCAAAGGUCAGGGUUCACACACAGCACGACCGUGCCACAGGUGGAAGAAAGCCCGCCACAGACGCACAGAUCUGGAUCUGAUACUGUGAUUCGAGCACUGUGAACCGUGAUCGUUGAAGUUGAAGAGCCAGUUUUUACCUGGGCUCGAACCUGAUCCUGAACACAACAGGAUAUAAGAUAAUUUAAGGGCUAGUGGUUGACCGACGUCACAGUACAGUUUGAACUUUGAACAUUGACCUUGUUGUAAAAGGGCUGAGGUUGCUGUCAACUGUGUGGACGAGGAUCAGUUUGUAGGUUUUAACCUUGGUGGUAGACAGACAACACAGGACAGGGCGAGGCUGCUGAUGCUGUAAGGAAAGUCAGCAAGAUGUCUGUUGGGGACCUCGUGGAGUGGCUUGUGGUCAGGCUACUGUCCGUCUUCUUUGGCGCGGCGGCCAUCUUGAAAAUGCUAAAGCAGACCUACCGUCUAGGGUUCAAGGCCGUGUGGGGCAAGAAAACGUUCCCCAAACCGAAGGUUCUGGACGACCCUAGCCUGGGUUGCCAUGGUUACCUGCACCUGGAAGAAGUGCGCCUUCACUACGUGGCCAGCGGGCCAGAAGACAAACCUCUGAUGUUGUUUCUGCACGGCUUCCCGGAGUUCUGGUUCUCCUGGAGACAUCAGAUCCGAGAGUUCCAGAAGGACUACCGAGUGGUGGCCAUUGACCAGCGAGGCUACGGCGAGUCGGACAAGCCGGCGGACGUGGAGUCGUACGAGAUGACCCGACUCAUGUCCGACGUCAGGCAGACGAUCGUAGCUCUGGGCUACAGGAGCUGUGUGCUGGUGGCGCAUGACUGGGGCGGCGCCGUGGCUUGGGCGUUCGCCCGACACUUCCCAGACAUGGUGGACAGACUCAUCGUCAUGAACGCUCCUUCCCAACCGGCUUUCAGCAAACUUCUCAAAUCUCACUCGGCUCAGAAAAAGAUGUCGUGGUACUUACUGUUCUUCUGGCUGCCUUACAUCCCAGAGAUAAGUCUUCGCAGCAACAGUUUCACAAUGUUUGACAGCCUCUUCAAAAGUCUGAAAAGCUCGGCCGUGGAGUUGUCCAGCGCCGCCCAGCAGAGUGUGAACCAGGAGGAGAUCGCCGCCUACAAAUACACCUUCUCCCAGCCGGGCGCCCUCACGCCGCCCAUCAACUGGUACCGCGCCGCCUUCACCAAGUCCCGCCAGGUGCGCUUCGACAUGGACUACGUCAUGCCCGUGCUCCUGAUCUGGGGGGUCAAGGACGUGGCCUUGCACAUUGACCUCGUGGCCGAGAUGAAGAACAGGUGCCCCAAGAUGGAGGUCAAGCGGCUGGAAGAUUCCGGUCACUUUGUCCAGAACGACUCGCCUCAGCUUGUGAACGAGGCGAUGAGGGGGUGGCUGGAGGGGCUAGGGGAGGGAAAGUGAGCGCUGGGUGACCAGUGACUGACCACAACAACAGACCGCUAGCGACAGAACUGUUGUCAAAGUUAGGAAGAGCCAUGAUCUGACCAAAGCACAGUGCCAUGUCUAUAUAUAUAUUAUAUUAUUAAUUUUAUAUGUGUAGAUAAAAGUACAUCCCCAUACCCUGCCAUUCAUUAAAUAUUAAAUAAAUUGAAAACUUC